GAGAGAGAGAGAGAGAGAGAGAGAGAGAGAGGAUGCGAGAGAGCUCCAUUUGAUAAUCUUGCGCGUAAGUGCAAUAUGAAUUCAUAAAACGACAUUAAAGAAUGUCCUUCAAGUGCUGAUGAACGAUAAUAAAGGCGCUAAUAAGUAAUAACACAUAUCCAGACGUGUGGUAGACUCAAUAGUUCGCACUAUUAUUAAAAGCUUCAAACACAUUUAUUUUCCGGAAGGUUUGUCUUUUGCUACAAAGCACGACUUUUUUCUCCCCUUCACUCGAUACCGCCGGGCGAGGCGGUAAGCUUAUACGUCCGCGUUACAUGCACAUUCUACGCUUUUAUGUAUUUAAAAUGAAAUAGACGCCGCGGGUGGUGUGGAGGUGGGAAAAAAAUAAGCCUGCAGACGAACGCGAGAGAGUAAAAUGUGCGACAUACACGAACGGAUUAUAAUAGAAGAUUUAGUUCAUUGCUCCACACACGCUCUAAAGUUAGUUUAAAAUUUUCACUUGGAUUUUAUUUAAGUGUAUAUUUCUAUUGUCUAGACACCACAUAUUGUGUUUUUUAUCGAUCGAGUCACGCUUCGGAAUACUUAGGAUGUAAUCUUGAAUUUAUGCGAUUUUCAUGAAUCUAUUAAAAUGUCGUCGUAAAUAUAAUUUUUUUUUUCCUUUUUAAUAAACACCAUUUAUUUUUUUAUGUUAAUAGAGGUAACAUUCGGAACUUUAAGUGAGAUUGUGUGCGGGUCAUCGAGAAGAAAAUUAUUCAUAAUUCCAAAUUCUGUGCAUUACUUUCAUUUUAAUUCAUGGACGAAGCCUCUGACAUUUCUGUUUUCACUCUUCGACUUUAUCUCGUUUUUUAGUUGAGCUUCUCACUUUCGAAACUGGGGUAUCGACUUUCGGGAGUAUAACGUCUGCAUAAGUUCAUACGUUGCACGAGGCUGAUGGUGUUAAUAUGCACUCUGUGUACCUCGCGAACAAUGCACUCUGCGCGUCGCUGAAAGAGAAGGACAGGACUAGGAGGAGACACUGACGGAUACGCGAGCCGCAGGAUGACAGCAUAGGUGGACGGUCGUAAUAUAAGCAGCCUUCGUUUAAAAUCACGGCAUGAUUGGCGGUGUGACUUUAUUUAUCACUCACACACAAUGACGUGCUCGCACGGCGCUCGCGCGUAGCAUGUCUUGACGAGUAGGAGAUACGCUUCGACUGGGUACUCGGUGCAGAGAUAAGGGUUCUCCAUAAUGGCGGGCGGUCAACAGCUUCCGGAGCAGUACACGGUACCACAGUACGCGAGGAUCUUCCACAGUCUGCCGCAUCUGAACGUCUCCUUACAUUCGGUCAAUAAUACGUUCAAUCCCCACUCCGAGAUCUAUUUGGAGAGCCUCGGGAUACUGGGAAGUAUUCCUGCAGCCUGGUUGAUCUUAACUUUACUGGUAUUGCUGGUUUAUUUGGUAACGAGAUGCUGCGACCGGAGGCCGCGCCCCAAGAAGUCGAUAACCGCGCUGAAGUGUUCGCUGGCCAUCCUAGCGUUGCUCUGUAGUGGAGCAGUCGCUGUUGGGCUUUAUGGCAACGACGACGUGCACAAUGGCUUGGUACAACUCAUAGCAGCUGCGAAAAAUGUCGAUGGGAUCCUCAUGGGCGUCAGAAAUCAGACUGACACUAUAGAAGCGACUCUGAAAAGAAAAGUUCAGCCUCAACUAACUGCUCUCGGAGACGAAUUCGACGCCCCGGUCAGCAAUAAAACUGUGCUGGGUUGGCUGCUGGCGGCACUUAACGGCAUGAAGCAAAACACGAGCAUCGCCGUAAAUCGUAGUUUCGAGAUACGAAAGCCCUUGAGCGGUAUCAGUCUUGCCGGCGCCAUCGGGAUGGGCGAGAAGAUCGAACAGUGGCGAUGGCCUAUCACCAUGGCGGUCCUGAGCGCUCUACUUGUCCUCUGCGUGGUUCUGGUGGUCGGUGUUGCCCGGCACUCCAGAUGCGUCCUCAUAACAUUUUCCGUGUUCGGCUUGUUUGCGGUUAUCGUCUCUUGGCUCAUGGCGUCCUUAUACCUGGCCACUUCUGUAGCUCUAGGUGAUCUCUGCGUGUCGCCCGACGGUUACUUGACCAGAGCCGUACCGUCGACCUUAGCCUCCGAGGUACUCUCGUACUAUACGCAUUGCGAGAACACGCGCAGCAAUCCGUUCACGCUGAGAUUGCGGGACACGCGGCGCGCGGUGGACAACAUGAGGCAUAAUUUGAACACGGUGACGAAAUUAGCGCUAGAACUGUUCAAAGAUCAGCAGCUCCAACCAAAGCUCAGCAGUUUGUCCACGGACGUUAACACCAUAGACAAACUCAUGCCCGGCUUAUCCACGUUACUCGACUGUAAACCUCUGCACAAGCAAUACGUUCACGCCGCCAAGAGUUUGUGUCACUUGGGAUUGUACGGACUGAGUUUUAUGCUAAUAGCCAGUUUAGCUGCAGGUCUCUUGUUCACAGUAUUGGUUUGGGUGGAUUCUCAUACGUGGAUAUAUAUACGAAAACGAAGGGAUUAUCAUCAGGUUGACGAACAAGAUCCUUACUUACCACCGUCGGCGGCGUCGCAGGCGAUAGCAGCAAGGACCCUUCGAGGCCAAGGGUCGUACCCGCCUACAGCCCCUACGCUUAAUUCGAAUGCUCUUGGCACUCAUAAUACGAUUAAGCAGCCUCUCUUGCUAACGCCGCCCCCACCGUCCUACGCUACUGCGACUGCUCGAGCACGUCAACUGCACGAGAGCAUGUUAAAAGGUGGGGGUAUUAACGGGAGCGGAGGGGGCGGGGAUCACAAAUCGUCUCAGCAUAAUCAGCAAUCAACGGGCGGGCGAGCUGAGCACCGUUCUGGACUCGGAGAUCAACCUGGCCAGUACGCGACUCUGAGCAAGCAGUGCAAGACGCUAGAAUCUAGUGACUUCUACUGAGGGCACGCCCCCGCAGGGCCCGGUAGAGAGCCACCUUGGACGCCGAGCGUCGCGUCCUUCACCGGUACCCUGUCUCACAAUUCGCACGGACCCGCGCAUCUAGCCACCUUCCAGGAUUCGCGAAAGACGCAGACGCUGGAUCCGAAGAACCUGGCCAGUCUGAAGAGGGGCCCGACCCCGGCCUGGAAUCAAAAUCGACCGCUACCGCCGAAUCCCGCGAGUCAGCAGCCCACGUGGGAGUUCGAGUCGCGCUCGCAGACCAAUAUGAAUCAGUUUCGGUCGUUGGUGCGGAACAAGGCGCCUAACAUACGCAUUCAGGAUCAGAUGCAGGACCAGGUCAGAACUUUGGACAGGAAUUUCACGCGUAGUCAGUUCAACGGCGCCGCCCCGCAGAACAACACGGUGCCGAAUAUGUACGGUACAUACAAUCGAGCGCAGGGCAGGCAGGAGAAGCCGACGGUGGCUACGCUGAGUCAGGUACAGGGUAGCGAUCCUAAUCUAUAUGCUGUAACGGAACUCUAAGUCGUAAAAACGGAAGAGGAUGCGAGAUCGUGAAUAUUCGCAGAAUAGAGGCAUCAUUUGUUUCACAAAGAGAGAGAGUUUUGUUUUUUUUUUUAACGAAAUUCUCGAGAACGUGCGAUUCGGAGUUCCUAUAAAGAACAGAAAGAGAGAAAAAAAACAGCAAACUGAUUUCGGGGACCUGCGAAAUAAAAGUGAGAGAAACCAGAGAGGGGGCGAAAAAAAAAAGAUUUUUAGAGAACUUAGAAACUUGUGUGAGACAUACUUUAUAUCCGAGAUUUUGUACUUGUAUAUCAUGUACAGUGAUUGUGGUACGUCCUUCUACGUUAUCCUCCCUCUUUGUUAUCGCGUUCUUGAUUAGACCGCGCGCGAAGUAACCAGGGACAGGCCGGAAUGCAUACUUGAAACGGCGUAAACGUGUGUAUUUAUAUUGCUUGUUGGCUGACUGAAAAAGCGCUGCAUGAACGAACAUGCGCGGAAAGAAAUCUUCACACAAAGCUUUACAUUGAUAUAUCGUUUACAGAGAUACUGCUCGCUUGUUCAUUCUAAAUUAGCUGCUAAUUUCGCGUGCGACGUUUAAUCCGAGGGGUUCGGACAUCGCGACUCCCCGGAAGGAGAUACAUACCAAAACACUGAUGAAGGAACUACUGAGAUAUACGGUUUUUAUAUACUUUUUACUAUUUUAAUCGAGCGAAUCUAUGUUGAAUUUUCCGUAAGAGAUAUUUAAUAUACUUUAUAUAUGUGUGUGAAAACGUAUACAUAUACAUCUAGUUACCGCACGAAUGCCUGGUGAUUUUUACGAGUAAACUCUUUGGCAGAAUUCGAUUGAUUAUAGGCCACGCUCGAUACUGCCAAUGCUCAGGCGUAUAUAUAUUUUUUAAGUACAAAGACGGUGGUAGGCACAGGCGCGUUAUGGGUUUUCAGUUUUUUAUGUGCAAACGAAAAAGAGGCUGAAAAAGGGGGAAAACGAUUGUCCUACGUAACGACAACGGAUAUUUGGAAACAUACUUCCACAGGCGGUAUUAGUUCAAGAUACUCUUUUUAAAAGGCAGCGAGGAAAAAUAAAUCUGUCGCAAAAAAAAAACUGAAUCUUAUACUUCGUAAGAGUCGAGAAUGAAUUUUCUGCGGAGCGCAAUCUUCCUGAGACAUUCUGUAACACCAGAGAUGUGCCGGGUAUCUGGCGAUUAUUAUUCGGUGCUCGUCGAACUCCGGACGAUUGAGUCCGGUCGGGAGGAGUAAAUUUUGUGUCUGAAUAACAAUACGCCAAUUGGAUCGAGCGUUGUUUACUGUUACAAGUAUCCAGCGUUGUUUACUGUUACAAGUAUCCGGUUUCGGCGAUUCCUCUUGAAUCGCCACGGAUGCCUGUCUCUCCGACAAUAUUCGGCACAUCUCUUCCUCUCUAUAAUUGAUCUUACUAUCUAAAAAGUUUGUAAGAGUUGAUAGAUUUUCAGCAAUUGCAAAUGAAACUUUGUACUGGCAUCCGCAUAUAAUUCAGUAAGUCUGUAUAUAAAAGCAAGUAACACUUAAGAUUAUCGAGUAAACGUGAAAAGUGUGAUAAAAUCGAAUCUACAUAGAUGUUAUUAUGGAUUUUGCGUGGAAGCAUUUUGCCAUCUUUUUUUUUUUUAAUUUUAUUUUAUUUUGGUUGACGAUUUGACCACGACUUUCGACUUGCGGAAAGGGAAAUCGUGCCAUUCCAGGAAUACAUGCAUUUAACGCAAACUACUUUCCAGGACUUUUCUUAGGGCUUGUGUUUAGUCGAGUAAAAAAUCAAUUAUAUAAUCGCAAUACCGAGCAUUCUAAGAGGAGCGUGAAUAGCAAAAGAACUUAAUCCAAUGUAAAUAAUUGUAAUAUUUAUUACAGAGCGAUAGCUCGUAGACUAGUAGCAUAUAGUUUAGUUAAAUGCUAAUUUAAGUUCCGACGAUAAGUAUACAUAAAUGUGCGCACGCGGCCGCGUGCGCGUAAUAGGAAAUGAACGAAUAUCGUUUUGUUCACUUUGGAGAUGAAGAAGUAUCCUAGUCAGUAUAUAAUGUUGUGUACAUUCAGUAAUAAGAUCUCUUGCCAAAUUUUUGACCCGGCUCAAUUUGAAGAAAACAAAAAAAAAAGAGAGGGAUAAGACACGUAAAAAGAGGAAUCUUUUUUCUCAAAGGAUAUUUGUAUCGUCACUAUUAAUACGUACGGAAGCUAUAUUAGUGCGUCAUUGCAACCUCCCGAUACAUGUUCUAGAUUUUAAGAGAAAAAUUGCUUAUCGAAAAAGUAUACAAAUAUAAUCCAACUUCAGUGUUUUAGCGCGGAUACACGUUGUAUCCGUAAUAUGUAACUAUCCGUUGUACGUCACGUUUACUUUACUUAUCUGGCAACAUGUAUUUUUUUUUUCAUUUUCAGUUCUUCGCGAUAGCGAUUUACGAUAAACGGAUUUUAAUGUAAUCAACUCAAUUUAAACAGGAGAAUUGACGUUUUUUAAUUUCAGUUUACUUUUAUUCAUUUUACCUACAUAUUCCGUUUAUUUUCUUUUUUCUUUUAAUGGCUUAUAAAACACUGGAGGUGGACGUCAUCAGAUACUGUAACUUUGGUUACUCGAGAUUUUACAGCAAAGCGCGGAAAAACGGGAUCAACGUAGCAUUGUUCAGAUUGAAAAAACCUGCAAGGAAACACGUCGCUUGUUAGUCGGGUGAAAAUUAUAUUCAAAUAUUUCUCUGCCAAGAAUUCGACCCGCGCUCAAAUCUGAUCCGGGCGAUGAAUUGGCGACGAGCGAGACUUACAGGCGACCCGAGGAGCCCGUUUAACACGUAUUUUAAAAUAAUCUAGAACACAGAGAGAAACGUUGUUAAACUCUUAAUAUGCGAAUUUGUAAUUUAGACGAUUGUUAACGGAACCUUUAUUAUAAUCGUUUGUCAAUUUUUAUAGUAGAAACGAGAGUCUGAGGCACAUUGCACACACCAGUUUUUCUAACGAGUAAAGCAGCAUUUAAGUUUACUCAUCAUUUUUAUACGGUAAACGUAAUGUGGCGUAAAAGAAGGCGAGAGAAUCUGCGUAAUAAACACGAACAAAAAAAAAGAGAGAAGGGGAUCGGGAUGAUUGAGAGAGAAAGAGAGUACGUGAGCGAGAGUGUAUACGUCUAUUAUAUACAUAUAUGUGUGUGUGUGUGUGUGUGCGUGAGAGAGGAAGAGAGAGGAAAAGAGCGAGAAAGAACGGAAACUCAUUAUUUUCAGAGAUAAUGGGAGUGAGAUGUGAUGAUAUACGACGUUGAGGAAUUCAUUCGAAUCGGAGCAUUUUCUUGGCCUACGGCAAUUUCUCAUCGCAGAAUGAAAAAAAAACGGAAGAUAAUAGUUAAUAAACGAAAAAUCAAAAAAAGAUUUCGCAGAAUUUGAUUACACGCACAUCGACAGAGACACGAGUAUAUGAUUGAGGGAAGGGGGAGGGGGAGACAUGAUGAAAUGGGAGACCUAAGCUUUUGUGCACCCUUCAAGACUGAUACUGGAUACGCCGAAGGAUCCAGGGCUCUAAUGUUUUUUCCGUAUAUUCGUAUAUUGCAUAAGAUAUGUAAUGUUUUACACGUGUUCGGCAUGGGAUGUGAUGGGACGCUUAUAUUUCUACCGUAGGGUCUUUGCGUGUCCAUCGGUAUAUCUUCUGUUCGAUAUUUUUUCUCGAUUGAAAUUCCUGUGUGACGUAUCUCUCCGCUAUCAUCUAUUAGUGAAAGUAUAUACAGAUAGUGUAUAUAUACAUAUAUGCUAUCCUUUUCUUCUUUGCGUAUUUCUCUCUCACUGCGCGAAAGAGAUUUAUUUACAAAGUAAUAUGUAGAGGCUACUCGACUACUCCAGAGAACUUACGUAAGUUAUAACACGCGUUCUAUUGCGUCUUUCUUUGUAUGUGCGGUUAUGCGAAUUUUGAUGUAAUAUAAAGAGACUUAUCUCGGAGAGGUGUUGUGUAGGAGAAACGAAUGGAAAACGAACGAAGCUCGUUAAUCGAUACCACUUUUUGUAUAUUACGAUUGUGUCUAAUUGCCAUAUUCCGGAUUUAAUUCCUCCUAUUGUAACGGAACAUGAAUAUUAUAAAAAGAGAAAUAAAAACCUAAGAUCCAUGAAA